AUGAAAGUGUUCAUCCACAACGUAAACACCUACACAGGGAGCUGCCUGUGCGAGACGUUUAGUGAGGUGAAGAACGAAAAGACGGAGAUUUACGGAACGGUGGUCCAGCCAAGCAAAGGAAAAAAUGGCCUCACGUAUGACUACGGAAAGGUAACAAAGGUGGUUUCGAAGAUACCCAAAGACAACAUAGUGAAGCAGUUAUUACGAUGCGAUUUAAUCAUCUUCGAUUUGCACAAUACGAAUGUGGAAGAAUUAGAAUACAUCAUACGGAAGGUGAAGUAUGAGAAGAUGAAGAAGGACACCACCUUGGUGCUUAUCUCCUCCGUCAUGACUUGGAACAAGACGAAGAGGAAAUUCUCGCUCCAGCCGGGGAGUGCCUACACGGGAGCGGCGGGAGGAGAAGCGAAGCAACAGAAGGGGCAGACAGGGCAAGACGACCCAACGGAACAACCCCCCUCCAAUGGCACCACUAAACAGAUUAACGUACCGGAAGUGUUCACCGAAAAGGACUACAUGAAGAGAAUCCCCUCUGGACAAUAUGAACAACACAAAACCAUCGAGACGCUAAUCUUAUCGCUCAACUCAAAGAACAAACUAAACACCUAUGUAGUGGCAUCGGGAAUCCUGUACGGGAAUGGAGAAAAUGUCUUCUUCCCUAUCUUCAAAAAUGCCUGGCUAAGUCGGGACAAUCAGAUAAUCGACAGAGGAAAUAACUUCAUUCCUCUCAUCCAUGUGAGAGGUCUGUGUCAGUUUGUUAAGGAGCUCUACUUGAGGCAGCCAUCGCGGAAGUACCUCAUAGCAGUGGACAAGGAACAUCUGACUCAGAAGACACUGAUUAAAACGGUCAGCAAUUUCAUUUCUGGAAAUUCUACCUACCUUAGUGUGUCUCCUCAUGAUUCCUUACUCUUUGACGACGCGGAGGUGAUGUGCGUCAAUUUGAGGUUCGCCUGCUCGCAGUUGGGAGGGGAAAGCGGUGAGGACGGCCGGCGGGGGCGAGAUCAAAAGAAAGGGGCACAGGAAGAAAAGAGGGCAGAUGAAGAAGACGAGGGAGAGGAAGAAGACGGGACAGAUGAAGAAGAAGGGAAAGAAGGGGAAGAAGACAAAAGUGACCAGGAUGAGCAAGAUGAUGAAGAUGACGAAAAGGAAGAUGUUGACAGGUCGGACGAGGCAGAAGAUCAGAGCAACUCAGACGUGGACGAAGUGGCUGACCAGAGACAGCUCGCAAAGAGGAAGGGAAGAAACCAGGAGGAGCGCCUAACCCGACAGGGAUUCACAUUCCACUGCUGCGAUGGCUUCACCAGAAAUAUCUGCACCAUAGCCAGGGAGUUCUGCCAAUACAGAAAUCUAAAGCAGCUAAGGGUUCUCAUACUGGGCCAGCCAGGAGUAGGAAAAACAUUCAUUGCCAAAAAGAUAUGCGAUCACUACAAUUUGAACCUUUGUUCAAUUUCCCCGCUCAUCGAGGAGGGCAAACAGAGGGGGUACGAUUUUCCGGAGUACUACAGGGAGUACUUAAGUGGGGUACAGCACGCACAUGAAGAGAAAGAAAAGAAAAACGCAAAGGGGAGCGCAACGGCAAACGCGAAGCGAAGCCCAAUGGGAACCUCCAAACUGACUCUCCCAGACCUGACGUCCCUGUUCUAUCAGAAGCUACUAACCAAUGAGUGCAAAUUUAGGGGCUUUGUUUUGGACUUCUUCCCGCGAAAUUAUGACGAAGCGGAAUACUUCUUUGGGAGCCACGGAGGGGCUGACACAGGGGAGGGAAGCACGAAGGAGCAGCAACAGCAGAAGCAGGAGGGGGACGGCCAACCGGGUGGAAGUACCCAUGGGGAGAAAGCACAUCAGGUGGACGAGAAGCAGGAAGAGGAGGAAGAGGAAGAAGGGGACGAAAUGGACGAAGGGGACCAGAUAGACGAUGCGGACCAAGUUGACCUGCCAGAGAAACCCGGCAACGACCCAGACCAGGAGCCAACCCCCCAAGGAGAAAACACCUCGUCCAAGAACCACCCCCCCGACGAGGCAGAUGGAAACUCCCUCUUCCCCGAGUUUGUCAUCGUUUUGAAAUCGCCUGAACAGCUCUGUAGAAGCCGAAUGAUGAAUCUCCCAGAGGAAGAGAUCAUAAAAGGACACAACGACGAAAGUGGGUUCGAAAGAAGACACAAAAAGUAUGUCAAAGAGAACUGCAGAAAUGAUUACUUCGAAUUUGAUCAGAAAAAGUCAAUAGAGGACUACUUCCUCGAAAGAGAGGUCGACGUAUUCAAUGUCCACAUAAACGAAGACUCCUCAUUGGACGACGUCCUCACAAAUAUAUACAUCUACAUUGAGAAGAAUGUCAAGUUUGAUAACUUCCUUCCAUCUUCUGAGGAAAUACUCAAACGAAAACUGCAGAAAGAGGAGAAGGAACUUUCCCUCGAGAAAGAAAAACUGAUGAGGAAGGAAAAUCAACUCAUUGGGGAAGAGAUCAGCAAAAAUGAUGAGUUAAUAAAGGCAGAGAAAAAGAGACAGGAACUUCUGCUGGAACAUCAGCAGCAGUAUUUUCAUAAUCAGUCCAUCCCCCUGAGGUUCUACUUGAUUAAGAAUAUCCUGCCCAUUUUAACAGACGCGUUGAUACACAUUUGUCGCACCAAGCCGAAGAACCCCUGUCUGCACAUCGCGCAGUAUUUGCUGGAAAACGCGCACAAGUACAAUGUCGAGGAGGCUCCGCUGGACGUGCUUCGCUCGGAGGGGUUGGGCGGUGAAGAAGCGGGUGCUGACGGGGAGGGUGCCCACCGGGGUUGA